GUGUGAUACUGUCAGUUGUUAUGCUAUUAACUGUGAUACUGUCAGUUUUGAUAUUGUCAGAUGUAAUUCAGUCACUUGUGAUUCUGUCAGAUGUAAUUCAGUCACUCGUGAUUCUGUCAGAUGUAAUUCAGUUACUUGUGAUUCUGUCAGAUGUAAUUCAGUCACUAGUGAUUCUGUCAGAUGUAAUUCAGUUACUUGUGAUUCUGUCAGAUGUAUUUCAGUCAGUUGUGAUUCUGUCAGAUGUAAUUCAGUCACUUGUGAUUCUGUCAGAUGUAAUACUAUCAGUUGUGAUACAGUCAGAUAUUAUACUAUUAGUUGUGAUAUUGUAAGUCGUGACUCUAUCAG